AUGUCUGGUCAUCCUCCGCCCCAGCAGGGCCAUUAUGAUGAUGGCUAUGGCCAACAGCAUGGCAAUGACGCCUAUUAUCAAGAUGAAAAUGGCUACCAUGAUCAAUACGACUAUGGCCAUAACAACAACAACCAACAAUACGGAGGUGAAGGAUAUUAUGAUGAAUCUGGCUACUAUAAUGCAGAUGCCUCCAACCCCUACCACAAUGAUGGUGGCUAUUACGAAGGCCACCAAGGUUACCAAGAUGAUUACUACGACGGCCAAUACUACGAGCAGGGAGCUGCGGGCCAGCAACAGCAUCAAGGUCAACGCCCAAGACGUCGUGGUCAUGACUCUGAAGAAGAUUCCGAGACAUUCAGUGACUUCACCAUGAGGUCGGACAUGGCUCGUGCCGCAGAAAUGGAUUACUACGGCAGGGGAGAUGAGCGAUACCAUAGUGGCUACGAAGGACAGGGUGGACGUGGAUACAGACCACCCUCUUCGCAGAUUUCCUAUGGUGGCAACAGGUCCUCUGGUGCCUCGACCCCGAUCUACGGCAUGGACUACAACGGCGCACUGCCUGCCGGUCAGCGUUCUCGCGAGCCUUAUCCUGCUUGGACCUCCGAUGCUCAAAUUCCCUUGUCUAAGGAGGAGAUCGAAGACAUCUUUCUCGACCUCACCGCCAAGUUUGGUUUCCAACGGGACAGCAUGCGCAACAUGUAUGACCACAUGAUGACUCUCUUGGACUCCAGAGCAUCCAGAAUGACUCCCAAUCAAGCCCUACUGUCCCUACAUGCCGACUACAUAGGGGGCGACAAUGCCAACUAUCGUAGAUGGUACUUCGCUGCACACCUGGACCUUGACGAUGCAGUCGGGUUUUCCAACAUGAAGCUCGGGAAGGCCAACCGUCGAACUCGCAAGGCUCGCAAGGCCGCUGCCAAAAAGGCGAAGGAAAACCCAGAGAACGAAGAACAAGUUCUGGAAGCAAUGGAAGGUGAUAACUCUCUUGAAGCCGCCGAAUACCGCUGGAAAACGCGUAUGAACAAGAUGUCUCAGCAUGACCGCGCACGGCAGAUUGCGCUCUACCUCCUCUGCUGGGGUGAAGCCAAUCAAGUUCGUUUCAUGCCUGAGACCCUCUGCUUCAUCUUCAAAUGUGCAGAUGACUACCUGCAUUCUCCUGCCUGCCAGAACCGAGUUGAGCCAGUGGAAGAGUUCACCUAUUUGAACAACGUUAUCACUCCACUCUACACCUACAUCAGAGACCAGUGCUAUGAGAUUAUCGACGGCAAGUACGUUCGACGCGAGAAAGACCACAAUCACGUCAUUGGGUAUGAUGAUAUGAACCAACUCUUCUGGUAUCCUGAGGGAAUCGAAAGAAUCGUUCUGGAGGAUAAAUCUCGACUCGUGGACCUUCCUCCGGCCGAAAGAUACCUGAAGCUUCAGGAGGUGAACUGGAAGAAGGUCUUCUUCAAGACUUACAAGGAAACGAGGUCCUGGUUCCACUUGCUUGUCAACUUCAACCGUAUAUGGGUUAUUCACCUCACGACCUUUUGGUUCUACACAGCUUUCAAUUCCCAACCACUGUACACCCACAACUACCAGCAGCAGUUAGACAACAAACCACAUGGCGCUGCUCAGUGGUCUGCAGUGGCAUUGGGUGGUACAGUCGCAUCACUGAUCCAGAUCUUGGCAACCCUCGUUGAAUGGUCUUACGUACCGCGGAGAUGGGCUGGUGCUCAGCAUUUGACCAAACGGCUUCUCUUCCUGAUCGGUGUCUUCGUCCUCAAUAUCGCGCCUAGUGUCUACAUCUUCGGUUUCACCUCGAAGUCGAAGGUUGCCCUGAUCCUGGGUGUCGUCCAAUUCCUCAUCGCGUUGGCGACAUUCUUCUUCUUCUCUAUCAUGCCCUUGGGCGGGUUGUUUGGAAGCUAUCUCACCCGGAACUCACGUCGCUACGUGGCAAGCCAAACCUUCACAGCAUCCUACCCCCGACUGAAUGGUAACGACAUGUGGAUGUCGUACGGUCUCUGGAUCAUGGUUUUCGCUGCGAAAUUGGCCGAAUCCUACUUUUUCCUAACGCUGUCGUUCCGAGACCCGAUCAAGAUCCUGACCUACACCAAGAUCCAUCAUUGCCAGGGGGAUGCGAUCCUCAAGACGUACCUUUGCAAGUACCAGCCCAAAAUUCUGCUUGGUAUUAUGUUCUUCACCGACUUGAUCCUAUUCUUCUUGGAUACAUACUUGUGGUACAUCAUCUGGAACUGCGUCUUCUCAGUCGCACGGUCUUUCUAUCUCGGUGUAUCGAUUUGGACUCCCUGGCGGAACAUAUUCUCUAGACUACCCAAGCGUAUCUACUCCAAGAUUCUCGCCACAACCGACAUGGAGAUCAAGUACAAGCCGAAAGUGUUGAUCUCUCAAGUGUGGAAUGCGAUCGUCAUCUCGAUGUACCGAGAACAUCUCUUGGCCAUUGAUCAUGUCCAAAAGUUGCUCUACCACCAAGUUCCUUCCGAGCAGGAGGGCAAGCGGACGCUUCGGGCCCCGACCUUCUUCGUCUCGCAAGAGGACCAUUCUUUCAAGACCGAGUUCUUCCCCUCCCAGAGCGAGGCCGAGCGUCGGAUCUCAUUCUUUGCCCAGUCAUUGUCCACACCUAUUCCUGAACCCCUCCCGGUGGAUAAUAUGCCGACCUUUACCGUUCUCAUUCCCCACUAUGGUGAAAAGAUUCUUCUCUCGCUGCGAGAGAUCAUUCGUGAGGAUGAGCCAUACUCCCGGGUUACGCUUCUGGAAUAUCUCAAGCAACUCCAUCCCCACGAAUGGGACUGCUUUGUCAAGGAUACCAAGAUUCUUGCAGACGAAACAUCUCAAUUCAAUGGAGACUAUGAGAAGUCGGAAAAGGACACUGCGAAGAGCAAGAUUGACGACUUGCCUUUCUACUGCAUCGGUUUCAAGUCUGCCGCUCCCGAGUACACGCUCCGGACUCGUAUCUGGGCUUCGCUCCGUUCUCAGACUCUUUAUCGUACCAUUUCUGGUUUCAUGAACUAUAGCAGAGCGAUCAAGCUUCUAUACCGUGUCGAGAACCCAGAAGUCGUUCAAAUGUUUGGCGGAAAUUCUGACAAGUUGGAGCGCGAACUCGAACGUAUGGCUAGGCGCAAAUUCAAGAUUGUGGUGUCGAUGCAACGAUACGCCAAGUUCAAGAAGGAGGAACGCGAAAACACAGAGUUCUUACUCCGUGCUUAUCCCGACCUCCAGAUCGCUUAUUUGGACGAGGAGCCUCCGCAAAACGAAGGCGAGGAGCCUCGUCUCUAUUCUGCUUUGAUCGAUGGCCACUCAGAACUCCUUGAAAACGGCAUGCGGCGACCUAAAUUCCGCGUUCAGCUCUCCGGCAAUCCUAUUCUCGGCGACGGCAAAUCCGACAAUCAGAACCACGCCAUCAUUUUCUACCGCGGUGAAUAUAUUCAACUUAUCGAUGCCAAUCAGGACAACUACUUGGAAGAGUGCUUGAAGAUCCGAAGCGUCUUGGCAGAGUUUGAGGAAAUGACCACGGAUAACGUCUCGCCGUACACUCCUGGAAUCGCUCCGGUCAAGUCCAAUCCUGUUGCCAUUCUCGGUGCUCGUGAGUACAUCUUUUCGGAGAAUAUUGGUGUCUUGGGUGACGUUGCCGCUGGCAAGGAACAAACAUUUGGCACCUUGUUUGCCCGUACUUUGGCACAAAUCGGCGGCAAGCUCCACUACGGUCACCCCGAUUUCCUCAACGGUAUCUUCAUGACGACUCGUGGCGGUGUCUCCAAAGCUCAGAAAGGUCUGCAUCUCAACGAAGAUAUCUAUGCCGGUAUGAAUGCUUUGAUUCGUGGAGGCCGUAUCAAGCACUGCGAAUACUAUCAGUGCGGCAAAGGCCGUGAUCUUGGAUUUGGGUCUAUCCUCAAUUUCACCACCAAGAUCGGCACUGGCAUGGGUGAACAGAUGUUGUCUCGCGAGUACUACUACCUGGGAACCCAGCUUCCACUGGACCGCUUCUUGUCUUUCUACUACGCGCACCCUGGCUUCCACAUCAACAACAUGUUCAUCAUGUUGUCUGUGCAGCUCUUCAUGAUCGUCCUGAUCAACCUUGGUGCACUGAGACACGAGACCAUCAUCUGUCAUUACAACCACAAUACUCCACCCACAGACCCUUUGAAGCCUACUGGAUGCGCGAAUCUGAGACCGAUUAUGAACUGGGUCGAGCGCUGCGUCGUCUCCAUCUUCAUUGUCUUCUUCAUUUCCUUCGUCCCAUUGGUCGUACAGGAGUUGACUGAACGUGGAUUCUGGCGUGCUGCUACUCGUUUGGCUAAGCACUUUGCCUCAGCCUCGCCAGUCUUUGAGGUGUUCGUCUGUCAGAUCUACGCCAGUUCUAUUCAGCAAGAUCUGUCUUUCGGCGGCGCUCGCUAUAUCGGGACUGGUCGUGGGUUCGCCACCGCACGCAUUCCUUUCGGUGUUCUGUACUCGCGGUUUGCUGGUCCGUCGAUCUACCUGGGGGCUCGCUCUCUGAUGAUGCUGCUCUUCGGAACUAUGACUGUGUGGGGUGCUUGGCUAAUUUGGUUCUGGGUUUCGCUUAUUGGUCUCUGCAUCUCACCCUUUAUCUUUAACCCUCACCAGUUCGCUUGGACCGACUUCUUUAUCGACUACAGAGACUAUCUUAGAUGGCUCUCUCGUGGCAACUCUCGCUCGCAUGCCUCUUCCUGGAUUGCAUUCUGCAGAUUGUCACGUACACGUCUAACAGGGUACAAGCGGAAGGCUCUUGGAGCUCCAUCCGAGAAGCUGUCUGGUGACGUUCCUCGUGCUCAUUUCACCAGCGUCUUCUUCAGCGAGAUUGUGGGCCCCAUUGUACUGGUCUGUCUGACGCUGAUCCCUUACCUCUUCAUCAACGCUCAAACAGGAGUUACCAAAGAUGUACAGCCGGCUACAAACUCUCUCAUCCGGGUGGCAAUUGUCGCCUUUGGUCCUAUUGCAAUCAAUGCCGGUGUUCUAGGCGGUCUCUUCGGAAUGGCCUGCUGUAUGGGCCCCGUCUUGAGUAUGUGCUGCAAGAAGUUCGGCUCUGUCCUCGCGGCCAUCGCCCAUGCGGUCGCGGUCAUCAUGCUCUUUGCAUUCUGGGAAGUGAUGUUCUUCCUUGAGGGAUGGGUCUUCUCCAAGGCACUCUUAGGCAUGAUUGCUGUUGUCGCCAUUCAGCGGUUCGUGUACAAGUUGAUUAUUGCUCUGUGCUUGACCCGAGAAUUCAAGCACGAUUCAUCCAACAUUGCUUGGUGGACUGGCAAAUGGUACUCGAUGGGUUGGCACUCGAUGUCACAACCUGGCCGAGAAUUCCUCUGCAAAAUCACCGAGCUCGGGUUUUUCGCCGCCGACUUUAUCCUCGGACACACCAUCAUGUUCCUCAUGUUGCCAGCGCUCUGCGUUCCCUACAUUGACAAAUUCCAUUCGGUUAUGCUGUUCUGGCUGCGCCCCAGUCGUCAAAUCCGCCCACCAAUCUACUCUAUCAAGCAGUCUCGCCUUCGCAAGAGGCGUGUUAUUCGCUACGCAAUCUUGUACUUCGUCUUGCUCAUUUUGUUCAUUGUCCUGGUUAUCGGACCGGUCAUCAUUCGGAAAUACAUCACGGGUCUGCCAACCAUUCCCAUGCACCUUGUCCAGCCAACCGGACAGAACAACAACGAUACAACCACCGGCAUUACGGGUUCUGCUCUUCUCAAUUUCGGACAGGACGCAACUGCCGCCGCCACUGCUGCUGCAUCUGCCGCCACGAGCGGCAACUCCAACGAUCCAUUCAGCUUUGGAGGCGGAGGCAGGUUUGUCCGAUGGUAA